AAUACACGCGAAGAAGAAACGUAGAAGGAACAAAGAAGAAGAAGAAGAAGAAGAAGCGCUCUUUUGCAAACAUAAACAAGUGGCAAACUAACUGCGACUACACAAACAUGUCGAUUGUCUUUGUGCCAAAGAAACUACGAGGAAAGGCUAAAAUUAACCAGGAAACAAUACAGAGGUUGCUGGAUGAAAACGACCAGUUAAUAAGAUGCAUCACUGAAUACAUGCAGAAAGGACGAGCAGUGGAGUGUGUACAAUACCAACAGAUCCUGCACCGCAACAUCGUCUAUUUGGCAACCAUAGCGGAUGCCAGCCCCGACACCGCUGCUCCCGCCUCAAAUCCUACAUCUAAUGAAGCCGCCGCCUCGUCUGUGAACGGAGAGACGUGAUGUCAGUCAGUGGCGUUGGGAAUGAUUCAGUAAUGUUACAUAUUCCAGGAGCACUGGUGCGUCAGAAAUGCUGCAUUGUAUGUUUAUAGUAUAUCGAAAGAUUCUGUGAAUUCAAAGUCAUUUUUCUUGUAUGUAUUGUACAUUAAAAAAUGUUUCCAUUUUUGAAA